UUUCGCAUUUCUAAAAUAUCCGAAAUUCCAUAUAAAUGGCUUUAUUCCGAAGUAAACAUGCCAUUGUGGGUAGUAAAUGAUCGAAGUUAGCAAUUCUGAUUGCAAAUAAUCGGUUCACCUAUUCACCGUAAUCUGUGGCAUUUUUAAAAAAAUGUAUAUAGAAACCCGAAUACUUUAUUUCGUUGUAGCAGCUGUCAUAUGCGUGUUCACAGUAAGCGUAACAAGCAGUCACGGUGCAAAUGCAAAGGGUUCACUGCCCGGUAAUUACGCUUCCCUUUCCGCGUUGGAUAAACAGUCCGUGAUAUGGGCCAGUAUUCUCAGCAGCCGGUAUCCCGCCAACGAAUCUCUACCCACGAGUUCCCCCGAAGUCACCGGAAUCAGUCCGAAAUUCGCUCGCAAAGUAUUCACCAUUACUUCCGACGAAUAUCCUCCGCACCGGCAUCGUAUUCUGCACCGCUUCGGCACCGUGGGCCUGAUUACUUGGCGCACUAGCCGCACUUCCCCGUACACCGGGAUCUUUCAGCCCGGGGUCAGCGUGGCCGGGCUGGCGCGUCUGUCUCUGGCGUUCUACAACAUGCAGAACAUCAUUCCCGCCGUGACGUUGAAGCUCUUCCUCGACGGCCAGCCCUCGCUUAAUCUUUUUGCCGUGGACGACGAAGCCGGACUGGGCGGACAGGGAACGGAUCGGAAUUUCUUCGCCCGUAAUCUCAGCAACUGGGUGCCGCUGCCGCGCUCAUACAGCCAGUUGUUGGCGGGGCUGGGCCAGUCGUUUACCACGGCGAUUCAUAAGCUGUCCGGUGGAAAGUGCAACCGCCCGCUGGACGGAGUUAAAUUGCCGGUGCUUUUGCACGCCAUGACCGAGCCGGAUGGAGAGGAAGUGGGCGUUCCCCGGGCACCGACGGUGCUGACUUUUGUCGCCAAUCCGGCGAUCGCCAUGAGCUCGACGGACCCAACCGAUUUUCGGGAAUCACUGGCAAAGAUUCCGGCGAAUACGCUGCUGUAUCAGGUGUACGCUAAUGCGACACUUCCGGAUGGAUCGGAUACAAGAGAAUUAAUAGCAGAUGUGAUUCUGACCGAUCAGUUUGUGGCUUCUGAUUAUGGUGAUAGCAAAUUGUUCUUCCAACAUCAUGGAAAACGUUGCUGAGAAUAAUUUAAUAUGUGUCUGUGGACUGCACAGAAAGUAUCGAGAUUACCAAAAAGUUUUUAUUUUUAUUAAGUUUUGGCAAUAUUCUUAAGGAGAAAAAACCAUGCAUCAUGCGCCACAUAUUGCACUCUGUAUAACUGUACGAAUGUUCCUCAUUUUUGAUUACGAGUUAUAAAGUAUUUA